AAAUUUUUAUGUCACAAAUGGUCACAAAUACAACCGGUUGUGUGGAUGCCUAGCGUUACUGUGCUCUUCUAAAAUUUAAAGUGUGUUUUUUGUGCUCCGGUGCGGACAGAGAGUUCCAUCAUGAGCGCUUUAUUGAAAGUGGCUACCUCCCGUAGCCCUGCAUCAUUGGCUACAUAUCUUUAUAGGAAUCUUCAUUUAUCCGUGGGUGGUGCUAGGGCUGCCAAAGAUGAGUCUGUAAAUACAAAUACAUCUAAAGCAUAUAAUGUUAUUGACCAUCAACAUGAUGCUUUGGUGAUUGGUGCGGGUGGUGCAGGUUUGCGGGCGGCUUUUGGUCUUGUGCAGGAAGGCUUUAAGACGGCUGUUGUGACAAAACUAUUUCCAACUAGAUCACACACCGUUGCUGCACAAGGUGGAAUCAAUGCUGCAUUAGGUAACAUGGAAGACGAUAGUUGGCUUUGGCACAUGUAUGACACAGUAAAGGGCUCUGAUUGGCUUGGAGAUCAGGAUGCCAUUCACUACAUGACCAGAGAAGCACCGCAUGCUGUUAUUGAAUUAGAUAACUAUGGAAUGCCUUUCUCUCGCACACCUGAAGGUAAAAUCUACCAGAGAGCCUUUGGAGGGCAAUCACUUAAAUUUGGCAAAGGUGGUCAGGCUCACAGAUGUUGUGCUGUAGCUGACAGAACUGGACAUUCCCUUCUGCAUACAUUAUAUGGACAGUCAUUGAGAUAUGACUGUGAAUACUUCAUUGAAUACUUUGCACUGGACCUGCUGAUGGAGGACGGUGUUUGCAAGGGAUGCAUUGCUCUUAACCUUGAAGAUGGAACACUGCAUAGGUUCCAAGCAAAGAACACAAUUCUGGCGACGGGCGGCACUGGCCGGUCUUACUUCAGCUGCACGUCUGCGCACACGUGUACAGGAGACGGCACCGCCAUGGCCGCGCGCGCCGGACUACAGAACGAGGACAUGGAGUUUGUGCAGUUCCAUCCCACUGGUAUCUACGGAGCCGGAUGCCUGAUGACGGAGGGAUGUCGCGGCGAGGGCGGGUUCCUGGUGAAUGCGAAGGGCGAGCGCUUCAUGGAGCGAUACGCGCCCGUCGCCAAGGACCUCGCCAGCAGAGAUGUCGUCUCCCGCGCCAUGACCGUAGAGAUCAUGGAGGGUCGCGGAUGUGGUCCCGAGAAGGAUCACGUGCACCUGCAGCUUCACCACCUGCCGGCGGAGCAGCUGCGCCAGCGCCUGCCCGGCAUCUCGGAGACUGCUAUGAUCUUCGCUGGAGUCGACGUCACCAAGGAGCCCAUACCAGUGCUGCCCACCGUACAUUACAACAUGGGCGGCACACCGACCAACUUCCGAGGAGAGGUGAUAACUCAUCACAAUGGUGCAGACCGUGUGGUGCCAGGUCUGCUGGCUGCGGGCGAGGCGUCCUGCGCGUCUGUACACGGCGCCAACAGGCUCGGCGCCAACUCCCUCCUAGACAUCGUCGUGUUCGGCCGCGCCUGCGCACUCACCGUCGCAGAGAACAGCCGCCCCGGGGAUGCGCAGCCGCCUCUCAAACAUACAACGGGUGAAGCGAGCAUUGCCAACUUGGACAAGAUCAGAUACGCUAACGGCAGCAUCUCUACUGCGGACCUGCGCCUGCGCAUGCAGCGCUGUAUGCAGAAGAACGCCGCCGUCUUCCGACAGAAGAGCACCCUAGAAGAAGGUCAACGUCAAAUCCACGAGAUCUACAAGCAGAUGAAGGAUGUGCGUGUUUCCGAUCGGUCGCUGAUCUGGAACUCAGACCUGGUGGAGACGCUGGAGCUGCAGAACCUGCUUCUGAACUCGGUGCAGAUAGUGGAGGGUGCGCUGGCUCGUGAGGAGUCUCGUGGUGCACACGCACGCGAAGACUUCAAGACUCGCCGAGAUGAGUACGACUACUCCAAACCACUUGAUGGACAGACGAAGCUACCGUUCGAGCAGCACUGGAGGAAGCACACGCUGGCGGAGACGGACCCGGAGACAGGAUCCACCUCCCUCUCCUACCGCCCCGUCAUAGACUCCACACUGGACCAGCGCGAGUGCAGCACUGUGCCACCAGUCAUCCGCACAUACUAGACCACACACAUAUAGACAAUUAGGUAAUCUCCGAAAACGGGUGCUGACUGAGCUAAGCAGUAUUUAACAACACGAAAGCAAAGAGUUUGUGUUCAUCUCAGAUAUUAAUUAUUUAUAACAUAAUUUAUUUUUAGAUAAGAUCGCUUAGCUUUAUAAAUUCAUGAUUUUAAAAGAAAAUUAUAUAACAAAAAACAACCUCAAGAAAAAUUACUCAUAGUUUUUAAACGUUUGACGGCAUUUAUUUUCAUAGUCAGCACCGAAGCAGUACUUAAAUAGGGAUUUUUAUUUAUCAACAUUAAAACUCUUAUUAAAAACAGAUUCUUGCUGUUCACAAGAACUUACCUACCUCAGUACAGUCACAAUUUAACACUAGAACACAUCUCUGAACGAACGCAGCUCGCAAAAUGACGAUAAAAGGCAAUGUAACACAAAUCAACAAUUUCUUUGUUAACAAUUUUUACUUUAUGAAAUUAUAUGAUUAUGUACAAUCGAUUAUGUAGAAUAUAAGGAUAAUGAUUUAAACCAACUGUGAAUAAAUGAACUGAU